UGUCUCUCUUCACACUCACAUCAGAUUACACCUAUUAACGAACGAAACCCUCGCAACUGUACUCUGUUUCUUUCUCGCACCACCGGCAGCAGCCGUCGCCGCCGCCACUGCCACUGCCACCUCCGCUUUCAGUCUCUUCGAGUUUCUCUUCUCGCUAUCACCUCCCAAAGAUCUGAUAAAUCGGUAUGUCGCGAAUGUCAUGAUGAGAAAGAGGAGCAAGAGCCAAAGAGUUACUGGUCUAGUCUUCCAUUAGACCUUCGUAUUUCAAUCCUAUACCAUCUUUCCCCUAGCGAUCGGGGCGCCUUCAAUGCAACCUGUAGAUCAUGGAAUGCUACUAUACUUCCACUCGCACCUUCCACUGGUUCCCCAUUUUUAGAUUCUCCAUGCUUCUUCUCCCAGAAUAACAACUCUACUUGCAAAUUCUAUUAUCCAAUUCACAACAAAUCGAUUGACAAUGUGGACAUGCCUGGUCUAGAGGAUGCAAUAAUCCGAUCUUCCAAUUUUGGUUGGCUACUAAUGUCGCGGUUUGAUCUUAGUUUGUUCUUCUUUAACCCGUUCACAAAGCAGAAGAUUGAGCUUCCCCCAAGCGGUACUGCUUUCAGGGCAAUGUGUUUUACUACUCCUCCAACCUCCCCAGAUUGCAUUGUUUUUGGACUGUCAACAUUUUCUGAUGAUUACGUCGACAUUGGUACAAUCGAACGUGGAAAGACUGAUUGGCAUUUAGAGGAAUACAAGAAUGAGACUCGAUUCCGUCCUUCAACUCAUACUCCUGUUUUCCAUAAGGGCUCUUUCUACUGCAUUGAUUUGGCAGGAAAAGUGGGAAUUUUUUAUCCCAAUAACAGUGAAAACAAAUGGACCGUUCUAACCCGGUUGACUAAACGUCGUUGUGAAAGGGUAAUUCGCCAGAAUUUCUUGGUAGCAGUCGAUGGGGAGCUCUUGGCGGUGCUGAAUCAUGAUAAUAGAAAGGUCAUGGUUGAAAGGCUAGAUCGAACAAACGGGCAAUGGAAACCAGUUCAAGAUUUGGGGAAAAUAUUGUACGUUAGCCAUGGUGCAUGUUUUGCAGAAGAUGCUAAGAUAAAAAAUGUGGUGGUGUAUUUUCCAAAGUUUCGCGAUAACAUUGGGGCGUUUUAUUCUACGAAUACUGGCAAGUACCACUCAGUUGUUGGUGACUUUUCUACCAAAACAUCAUAUGAUUUGGAUGAGAUAACAGAGUUUGGGACUUGGAUCAUGCCUAACUUGGACAUAGUGUUGGAGGAACAACUUACUUGGUGAUUGUAAACUGAAAAUUUCUGUUACCCAUUUUGGGGGUUAUAGGUUUGGAUUAUUUUCACUUUGUGCCCCCUAAACUUGUACAACUAUUUUACUUUGCGCACUAGAUUUUGAUUUUGAACAUUUUGCA